AUGUCGAGCGACUCGUCGCUUCCGUCUCAGCAUGGCUACCUCGCCUCUGCUCCUCCGACGCAGGAAGGUACGCGGCCUGCAGGCGUCCCAGACGCCGCUACAAAGGCGAGUAACGGACACAGCUUCUCUUCCGCGUCGCCGUGGGAAGGGGGCGACGCCGAGGAGUCUCCGUCUGCGGGGAAAGGCGAGAGCAAGCGCGCGUUCGCCCCGGCCGAAGGCGUAGACAGCGCCAAGCGUCUGCGCGUCGAUGCGGGGCAGUCAGAGCCGCAAGAAGACUUUCCGCUGCCUCCCGAAGCCAUGCGACCGUUCGCGCCGAUCGACCUCGCCAAGGCCGGAGGAGCCUCCGUUCUCCACUGUACACCCGACGCGUCGCUGCUCUCUCCUCUCCCCAAGAACGCCGACGCUGGCGCGUCACGGCCCUCCUCUGGUGACGCGACGCGAGGGACCUCACCGCUCGGCGUUGAAGAGGAGGAGACAGACAGAGGCGCUACCGGCCAAGGCUCAGGUGGAGGUACGGCCCCCAGCGGGGCGAUGGGCAGAAGGGGAGAAAAUAAGCCAGUCGAAGUCGCCCCAAAUGUCACCAGACUCCCGCCCUACGACAAAAACGUGACGUCUUCGAUCCUCGUUUCCAAGGCGACGUUCGACACAGUCAGUCUGCCCUCAGAGGAGUUCCGCGAGCGCCUCGAGGCGCCUUUAUCUGGAGCCGUCAAGGAAGAGGAGACAGAGAAAGACAAAGAGAGCGAGGGCGAGAGUCUCUUGGGCCUCCCGGAUCGUCCUCCUGUCCCUCUCGACGAAGCGAAACUGCGAGAACGCGAAGAGGAGGCGUGGCGUCUCGCGCAACAGAAGGAGGGACGCGAGCCGUACAAACUCCCAAGCUGCAGCGCCUGGUUUGACGAGACCAAGAUUGGAGCGAUUGAACAGGAUCUUUUGCCGACUCUGUUUGUCGACUCCGCGUUAACGGCCAGCGAACGCGAGGAACGCUACUUCCAACUUCGCCAGGCCAUCGUCAGCCUCUACCGCAGUGACCCCACAAAGUAUCUCUCCUUCUCCGAGUGCCGAAGAGCCAUCGCGGCUGACGCGGCGUUGCUGCUGCGAGUUCAUAGCUUCUUGGACUACUGGGGAGUCAUCAACUUCCAAGCGGACCCCGCGACGAUCCCGAGCGCCGUGGCCCGACGGAAAGAUCUUCUGCUCAAAGACAUCCAGGCUGUGCAGAAGAGCGGAGAGGCCUCUCGACUUCCUGGCGACAACGCGGAUGCAGCUUCAGGAAAAUCGCCGGCCUCGCUAGCGGGUUCUUCGUCAUGCAGCCUCGACGACAGUCCAGCCACAGGAGGCGCUGGACCUUGGAGAUGCGCUGCAUGCGGCAAAAUCUGUCUUUACUCGUACUACGUGCUCCGUCCGGGCGGUUCUCCCGGCAUCUCCUUGGGAGUUUUGGACAAGUGUGUCUGGUGCUUAAAGUGCUUCGCCGACGGCCGCUACCCUCCCGUCCUCACCGAGCGCAACUUCUUGAAGGUGGGGCUUCCGCUCCUGGGCAGCGACGGAAAGGACGGCAAAUGGACGCUCGAGGAAACCGAGCGACUGAUUGAGGGCAUUGAAAGGUAUUUGAACGACUGGAACGAGGUGGCCGCGUUCGUGGGAGGAGGUCGGACCGCCCAGAUGUGCGUCGAGCGGUUCAUUCAGCUACCGAUCCAAGAGCCGCUGCCUUCUCGCAGCGCUGGCGAGGACGCUGGCCCCUUCCUCCACUUCAAGAAUCCGCUGCUGUCGCUCCUCGCCUUCCUCGCCUCCACCGUCCACCCGUCGAUCGCCGCAGCCGCCGCGCGCGCCGCUCUCCAAGAGGCCGUUGACCUGCUCGGGGACAAGGAGACACCGACGGAGACAGGGGAGACGGGGGAGACGGAGGGCGAGUGGGCAGGCGGAGGGCGCGAGGCGAACGGAGUGGAAAAGUCGCGCGCCAGAGUCGCUGCCAAGAAGGAAGACGGCGAGGCGGAGAGCAGGAGUGCGGCGGAGAAGGCGAAAGAGACGGAGAAGGAGAAGAAAGAGAAGAUCAACGAGAGGCCGUGGCAGGCGAAUCCCGAGAACAAGGGUUUGAUUGCAGACCGGGACUUGCAAGCGGCGUGCGCGACGGCGCUUGCAGCUGGCGCGACUGAGGCUCGGACUCUGGCGAAAGUCGAGGAGAAGGAGAUCGGCGAGUUGAUGAGUGAAAUUGUGAAGCUCCAACUGGAGAAACUCGAACUGCGCAUGCACAAGAUGCAGAUCCUCCAGUCCCGAAUUGCUCGAAGCAAGACCGCCAUGGAGAACAAAUUCGCCCAGUUGCUCAACGAGCACAAAGACCUCGCGGCGGAGUUGGCGAAGACGAAAGAAGCUGCGCUGGCGGCGCUUUAA